GCAGGCAGCGGGCCACCAGGCGGAGCAGCAGGCACCGGGCCCCCAGGCGGGGGGCAGCAGGCACCGGGCCCCCAGAGGGGCCGCCGGGGCAGCAGGCAGCGGGCCCCUGGGCGGAGCAGCAGGCACCGGGCCCCCGGGCAGAGCAGCAGGCACCGGGCCCCCGGGCGGGGCGACCGGCAUCGGGCGACCGGCAUCGGGUCCCCGGGCGGGGGCGACCGGCAUCGGGCCCCCAGGCGGGAGCGGCGACAGGUCUCGGGCCCUCAGGCGGAGCGGGGGCGCCGGACCACCCCCCAGGUGGAGCGAAAGGUCUCGGGCCCUCAGGCGGAGGAGCGGCGGGCGCCGGACCCCAGGUGGAGCGAAAGGUCUCGGGCCCUCAGGCGGAGCGGCGGGCGCCGGACCCCCAGGUGGAGCGAAAAGGUCUCGGGCCCUCAGGCGGGAGCGACGCGGGCGCGGGCCCCAGGCGGAGCGACAGGUCUCGGGCCCCCAGGCGGAGCGACAGCGGGCAUGGGUCACCAGGCAUCAGGUCAUUUGGCUCGACAGCGGGCACCGCGUCAUCUGGCAAGCAGUGGGCUCCGAGUC